CGGGGCGCGGCGGCGCGCGCAGGCGCAGAGGCGGCGGCGGGGCGGAAGCGCCGGGCCGGGCCGGGCCGGGGCGGGCAGCGUUGGGCGCCGUGACGAGCCGCCGGUGCUCGUCGCCGCAGGCGGGAUGGCGGAGCCCAGCCGGCCGCAGCGGAAGCUGUCGCGGGCCGGGGAGAGCCUCUACCAUGUCCUGGGCCUGGAGAAGGGCGCCUCCCCCGAGGAGAUCAAGAAGGCCUACCGGAAGCUGGCGCUCAAGUACCACCCGGACAAGAACCCCGACGACCCGGCGGCGGCCGAGCGCUUCAAGGAGAUCAACAGCGCGCACGCCACGCUGAGCGACGAGGGCAAGCGGCGCCUCUACGCCGAGUACGGCUCCAUGGGGCUCUACGUGGCCGAGCAGUUCGGCGAGGACAGCGUCAAGUACUACUUCCUCAUGUCCAAGUGGUGGUUCAAGGCCCUGGGCGUGUGCUGCGGCAUCAUCACCUGCUGCUGCUGCUGCUGCUGCUGCUGCUUCUGCUGCGGGAAGUGCCGGCCGCCCGAGGAGGACGAGUCCUACAAGUACGUCAACCCCGAGGACCUGGAGGCGCAGAUCCGCGCUGAGGACAACGACCCGCAGGUCCCUAUCGUGGUCCAGCCCCCGCCGGCCGGAGCGGAGCCGUCGCCGGGCGUCAGCACCAGGACGAACGCCUGAGGCCGGCCUCAGCCCCGCCAACAGCCCCAGGACUCUGGGCAGGGCCCCCCUUUGGGACCGCCGCUUCCCAGGACCCCUGUCGUGCCACCCGGGGCGGCUCUCCGGCCUCGCUGUGGCUACAAUCUCAGGUUAAAUUGGCCAGCAUCAGCGCAGAGGCUCCCGUGCCCCUGUUUGAGCUCCGCAGAGGCGCCCCUGUGUCCAGCACUGGCGCCGGAGGUGGCCCGGAGCCCCCGGCCGCUGCGCCCCAUCCGCAGUGCCUCCCCUGCCGCUGCGUCCCAGCCCCGCCCGGGGCGCCAGCGCCCAGGCGAGGCCCCGCUGGAGCAGGCGGAACCCACUGUGACUGGACUAUGACCGGGGAGGGAGGCCGGGGCUGGCUCCCUGCUGGGACCGCCCGCCGGCACGGCGCUCCGGCACGGCGCUGCCGCCCCGCUGCCGCCCCGCUGCCGCCUGGCCGCUCACCAGCAGCCCCGGCCCCUCGCUGCCCCGCUGCCUCUGCCUGGCUGGGGGCCACCGCUCGCGGCCAGCGUUGCCAGAGCUGGGCGCUCUCCUGGGGCCCAGCGGCGGGCGGGGCCACCCGGCCCGGGCCCCGCGGCCUGCAGCCGGUACCGAGGGCGUUUGAGACCGUGAGCACUGUAAUCCCUGGGGCUGAGCCGCUUCCCGCCCACGGGGCCCCUCCGCACGGGUGCUGGGUGCCAAACGCUGCCGGCGAGGCUGGGGCGCGGCCGCCUGCACCUCCUGCCUCUGCCCUCGGGGCCCCGGGGCAGCCGCUGUACCUUGCUCUGCCUGCUGCUGGCAGGCUCCCCGCGGGCUGGGCCCGGGCACAGGCACUUUCCUUGGGUUUGUACAGGUUUUAUGGGCACCAUUAAAGAGUGAGGGGAGGGGA